GCGCGCUCCCGAGCGAGAUGGAAACACACAUCUACACCGUCAGGUAACCAACUUUGGCUGUUCACUGCUGUGACCGGACUAAGCAGGCCUCUGAGCCGCGGCCUGGAGUUGCGGCCUUCUAGUCAGCGGAUUAUGGACGCGGCCUGACACGGAAGUAGAAGCAGCAGCCCGGGUGGUAAAAUGCCAGCUAAAAAGAAACCGAUUUUACCUACGCUGACCAUAGCACCAACAAUAGCUGAAGGACCUUCUCCGACAAAUGAUGGCUCAUCAGAGGCAAAUCUGGUAGAUCUCCAAAAAAAAUUAGAGGAGUUGGAUUUAGAUGAUCAACAAAAAAAGCGGUUAGAAGCGUUUCUUACACAAAAAGCAAAGGUUGGAGAACUAAAAGAUGAUGACUUUGAACGAAUAUGUGAGCUUGGGGCAGGAAAUGGAGGUGUGGUGACAAAAGUUCGUCAUAGGCCAUCUGGACUCAUCAUGGCACGCAAGCUGAUUCACCUAGAAAUCAAACCUGCAAUCCGAAAUCAGAUCAUUAGAGAGCUACAAGUCCUGCAUGAGUGUAACUCUCCGUAUAUUGUUGGCUUCUAUGGUGCUUUUUACAGUGAUGGAGAGAUCAGCAUCUGCAUGGAGCACAUGGAUGGAGGAUCUCUGGACCAAGUUCUUAAAGAAGCCCACCGUAUACCAGAAGAAAUUCUAGGAAAAGUCAGCAUUGCAGUUCUUCGGGGGCUGGCUUACCUGAGAGAAAAACACCAGAUCAUGCACAGAGAUGUGAAGCCCUCUAACAUACUAGUGAAUUCUCGAGGAGAGAUAAAACUGUGUGACUUUGGUGUUAGUGGGCAACUCAUUGACUCCAUGGCCAACUCCUUUGUGGGAACCAGGUCCUAUAUGUCUCCAGAACGCUUGCAGGGCACUCAUUAUUCUGUACAGUCAGAUAUCUGGAGUAUGGGUCUGUCACUGGUAGAACUUUCAAUAGGAAGAUACCCUAUACCACCACCAGAUGGUAAAGAGCUGGAAGCCAUAUUUGGACGCCCUGUAGUGGAUGGAGCUGAUGGAGAAUCUCAGAGCAUUUCCCCUCGUCCAAGGCCUCCUGGCAGACCCAUUAGUGGUCCUUGUAUGGACAGCCGACCAGCUAUGGCUAUAUUUGAACUAUUGGACUAUAUUGUAAAUGAGCCCCCUCCUAAGCUCCCUUCUGGAGUGUUUACAGCAGAUUUUCAAGACUUUGUACAUAAAUGUCUUAUAAAGAAUCCAGCUGAACGAGCAGACCUGAAGAUGCUAAUGACCCAUACAUUUAUAAAGCGUGCUGAAAUCCAAGAAGUUGAUUUUGCUGGCUGGCUGUGCAAAACUUUGGGUCUGCGUCAGCCAAGUACUCCAACUCGCACCACCAUUUAAUUUUUUAUUUUUUUCUUGUUACACACACACACACACACACACACUUACUUUGCCCUUUCUUUAGGGAAUAUGAAGCAUGGAACAUCUUUUUGAACACAUUGUUCUGCUUUUAUCAACCAGGCUCUGUAUGCUUGUGUGCAUUUCUCUUUCCACAGCAAUCUGCCAGUCACUGCCACUUUGAACUCCAUGCUCAUGAGGAGUUGAGCUCCGUUUAAAGUGGUCAGUGGCAAGAUCACAUAGGUCCACAAAUUAGCUUUAAGGCUGCUUUAUUGUAUUUCUCAAACAAAAGAUGGCUACUUUCAGCAUAGUGGACCUUAUCCACAAGGAGGAUUUCAUGGGUUUCGUUAACAGUACAAAUAGAAUGUUUCAUUUGCAAAGUACAUUAAAGUGUACAAAUCUAUCCCCUUAAAUCCAGGUACUUAUCACAAUUGUCCACUGACUGUCUAAAUAACAAAUAAAGUUAAUGAUUAUAAUAA